AUCAUGAUGGAAACUAUAUCAGCGAUACUUGUUGUGAUUCUGCUGUUUAUAACAAAUGAGUGUGACGCAGCGCCAGGUUGUUCACCUGAUGAGCCCGUUUUUGUCUGGCCUCUUCAUCUGAAGACUGGCAGUGUGGACAUCGUGACGAAUACAUCAAAUGGCGACAUAGGAUCAUCUUGUACUUUUGUCAGCGUUGUUGGUGAGAACAUAGCUUCAGCAAUUGAAUUUUCUGGUGAAUCCGAUUCUUAUAUAAAUUUGGGCGUUCAGCCAAGUGCAACGUUUCUGAGUGGCGACUACACAAUACAGUUUUAUCUUAAUGUUAAAUCAGCAACCUCCGGAGUACUAAUGCAAUACAAAAGUCUUUCACAAACAAUCGAAUUUGAUAUUGAGGAAUGGAAAAUAUUUCUAAACGAUGGUAUCAUUAACGUACAUAUCAACGGCAUGAGUGGUGAACAAUUAACAUAUGAUAAAGAAACAAUUGUUGCUAACACGUGGUACCACAUUAUGCUAGAACGCGACAUUAGCAGGGAAGCUGUCAAAAUAUUUUUAGACCGUAAGGAACUUGGAGAUAAGGGAAUAAGUAAAAACUUUGUUGAUAAACCAACACUUGCACCUGGCAUGAUAUAUCUGGGACAGGAUAGCAAUCAUCAAAAUAAUCUCCGGGGAAUGAUCUCAUGUCUACAAAUUAUACCAUGUAAGGAAACAGUUAAACCUUGGUAUGAUACGUAUUGUGACAUUGGUAAUGUAUCAUACGUUAACUUGAUUGAUACGACAACAACGACAACAACAACAACUGUCCAACCAACAACGACAACAACAACAAAUGUCCCACCAACAGCAAGCAAUCCGAAAUUAAAUUAUCUUGGUGUUGAAGAUCGCUGCUCACACUUUACCUUGAUGAAACAAGACGCUACAUACAAUGACGUCAUAAUGUCAACGGAAGUUGUAGACAUCGUCUCGUGUUUCAGGCUGUGUAAUCAAGACAUAGCUUGUUUUACGUUUGCGGUGCGUCAAAAUACCGGAAGUGAGGCAUAUCAUUGCAAACUAGGGAUUCGUGAGUCAAGCGUCCACUCCGACCCAGGUUCGAUGAUCUACAUUCGUAAAUAAUAAAGAACAAAGCAUCGUUUAUUUUUUAUUUAAUUUUAAUUGAUUUUUUCGUGUCUUUGAAGACCUAUCUACAUCUGGAAUAUGUUUAACGUAACUGAAUGAGUUAAAAAGCUAGAGUGACAUGAUUUUUUUUCAGUCUUUUUUGUCUGUUGUAGUAUUCUUUAUAGAAGUUUAGUGAAAAGUACGCACCAUGUUAUGAACGUCUCUUAAUAUCGCAUUUUACGUGAAAUGUAUUACCAUUAUCUUUCAAUGUAUAUUAAUGUUAAUAUUUAAUGUCACACGGUUUGAGGAAGAAACGUGCUUUUUAAAUUAGUCUUUGGUUAAUUAUGUGUGAUUUUAUUUGGAAAUAUCCCGUUUUCGGACAUAUCAGAAAAUAUCCCGACCAUAACGUUAUGGCAUUAUCAACAACUUUAUUUUGUCUUACACAACAAUAGAGAAAUAUUGGAGAAGAUACUUUAGGAAGACAGUGACAAUGAGUAUAUCCACAUAUUAUCUAAUAUUUAUAUAACGAAUGAUCUGGCGUCAGAAAGUAGAACUUAUUUACUAUAAAUUAGAAUGAUUAAUAAUUAAGAUCAAUUGUGGUCUUACUUUUUAAACAGUAGAUUUAUGAGCCGCGUCACGACAAAACCAACAUUAUGGGUUUGCGACC